UCGUUACGUCCCUCGUUACGCUGCAUUAGGAGCUAACAGUCGGGGUGCGAUGCAUUUUCGCUUAUAUAUUAAUUUCUAUAUUCGAUAUGUUUGCUUCCGUAUUUCGAUAUAUUAAUAUUUCCUACGUAUUAUCCUGUAUUCCUGGUUCGUGCCGUUAUUUACAAAAUUAUUGAUUAUCCGGGUGCAUCCAGCGCUGGCGGCAAUGCGAUCAGCCUGCAUGGUACAUCCACCCCUUGGCAUCGAUCGCACGCUACAGUUCACCGACCUCUCUGCUUCGAGACGCGAUACAAUACUUGUACUGUCCCCAUUAUUGCCCUCUUUUGCCCUUAUCUACUGCCUCGAUUGCUCGUCCCACUCUCUUAACCAGCGUCCAUUAAAUCGCGGCAUUGCUAAUUUUAACGAAUUCGUUUCACCAAGAGUAUUCGACGUAUCGAUCGUCUACUACAAAGGAGGUUCGAUGUUCUCCGCUCGUUACGUCAUUAGGAAUAUAUGGCCCAGCCUAAAAAAAGAAGCACUUGUACGCGCUUAAGCGCUCCUUGCCUACUCGUGAUUCGUGGUUUCGCUGUUUGCGAAAAUGCAUUUUCAUCGGAAUACGAGCGACGCGAGUCUCGUUAAAAAUACGUGUACGAUUCGAGCGAGAGAAAUCGAAGUGAAUGGUCCGAAAAUAACGAAAAUGGCGCCGAUUGGUAAAUCGCGUUUCGGACGAGCAGCGUCCGAAAACCGCGUCGGUCGCAUUCAUCCCGAUAUCGCGUCCUCGCUGAUACGACUCGAACCCUCACGUGGUGGAGAGGACAUGCGCGCACCCUCGGCAAAGCCGCCACGCUAUAUAAGAGAAGAACGCGAGUCUCCGAGUCUCAGUUCGCUCACGAAAGCGUGCGAAAUACACACGGCAAACCCGGCGAUCAACGACAAAUUGAUAAAACGCGUGUUUGCGAUCAACCGUCGAAUAAAACUGUUCUUCUGGCACGCAAGGAUGAACAACUUGGAGGAAGACAGAGAAGCCAGCCAGUAACUAAUAAGAAUACAGAACAGUGGGGAACGGGUGAAAAUAAAAGAUCAACGACCGAUCGACAACGAAGCACUAGUUUCUCUUCGAAAGCAUCGCAUUUACGCAAGUAUAAGCACAGUGAAACGAGUGUGGAAUCGAUUAGCCGCACGGAAAUUGAUCAACUGUGACCAGGAAAGGGCGCGCAUUUGCCGUCGUUUACGCGACACACAGCGAGUCAACGACUGAGCGCGAUCGAACGAAACUCGCGUUAAUUCUAAACGAACGAGUUCUAAUCGAACGAAACAAAAUUUGCGAGCUGGCUAACCGAACGGUGCAGAUUUUUGUCCGCGAUCUCGAUCGGAUCGGUGGCUUUCGUACGUCACUGAGAAUGGAGGACACGACUAGAUUGACCGAUCCGGAAGACGAUCGUCGCCGAGAGAACCAAAAGAGCGACGGUAAACGAAGAAUCAGUCCGACCGUGGGCCCUGGGUCUUCGAAACAAGAAUUUGGAGACGACGAGUGCAGCACGGACAGUGGUUGCAGCAGCGGUGGAAGUACCGGAAGCGCGGAGAGGCUGUCGCGUCGCGGAAGCAGCGAGCGAUUGUGCCGCGCCACCAGAUCGCCGAGAACCCACUGCUACUUGGACCGACUUCGUGGCCGAUCGACUCGUUCUCAGGAGAGACUUUCUAGCAUUCAAAGAAGUUCGGAGCGAGUUCGAGCCAAGUCUUCGCGUUCUUGGAGCCCCGGAGACGUUAGAGGCGUUGGAAGAGCUUCGGAGUCGCUUUCGUACUCUUCGAGUCCAUCGGACGCCCACAGCAGCACCGACAGCGACUCGUUGAAAAGAUCCAGCACGGCGGAUACUCUUCGAAGAGCGCUUCAAACUCUCAAGAUAUCCUCCAAGUGGGAAGGGAAGGAGAACAAGCACGCGAAGAAGAGUCCCAAAAGAAUUCUACGCAGCCCGGUGUCCUACACGUACGUCAGAGGUCUUUCCGGCCUACCAACGCAGAGGGUUCCAAGGAACAUGGCACAACAAUUGACGAUGCCCUGUUCCUGUCAAGAUACCGUUGGUCUCUACCGAUAAGAAGCAAUCACGAUCGAUGGCGGUUCACUCGGUUCAUCCAAGUUUCAUCCGUUUUAAACGAUACACUCGCUCAAUUCCGCUCUCUUUCUCUCUCUCUCUCUAUCUAUCUAUCUCUCCAUCUAUCUAUCUAUCUAUCUAUCUAUCUCAUUACAAACGAUUUCGAGUUUCGUUGCGCGAUCGUCUCGAUAUUAAAUCGCGCAAACAACCGAACGGACCCUCCGCUGUUGGACCAUUCUUUGCGUACGAGAUGUUUGCUCGCACGAUCUACACGAAUUCGUAGCCCACGCUUCCGUUUCCGUACUUUCUACUUUUGUCAAUCGCGGCCGUUUGCUCGCCGCUGUUUUCUCAAACCUCGACCAAACGAGUGGAUCAAAAUGUAUACGAACUUAGAGCGAUACGAGCGAAAUAAUUGUAAGGAACGUCGAAGGUUCGGCGAACGUAGCGUUUCGCAUCUUUUCGCUCUGCCAGAAACUUCGCGGAAAGCAAAUCCGGCGCGCUUCUUCCUCCGUCGAGAUUUUCUUUCGUUCGAGGGCGAUCAUAUUCGGUUGGUCGUCGCUCGCUAGGGAGAGAAGAAGGCGAAAAGUGCGGGAAAGUUGCGUUCGUCGUAGGUAGAGGUGCGUCGACGUACAAGUACAUUGUGUUUUAAGUUGUUGGUCUCUUAUUCGUAAACGAGAUAGAUCACGUAGACAGAACGUAGCCGUGUAAGCAUAUAUGUACCUACCUUUUGUAGCAAACGAUUAGUACACUCGAUAAAAACAUGUACAAUAGCGAUACCAAUUACGUUACACGCCAACGAAUUCCAUAGUUGACGAUUAAUUGGCGAUCCGUUUCGAUCGCAAGUGCAAAGAGGAACGAAAUAAGAUGGAUCGGCGAACGUUUGAACGUUUGAACGUUACAUACCGAUGAGAUCGGUCGACGAUCCGUCUUACCCAUACACCUUCUUUGUCGAAUUCGCAACGAAGCACAUUCUCGAUGCGCUUCUAUCGAAACGUAGUUUCGCGAAAAGGUAUUAUAUCGUCGCGAAACCGAGGUCGGUUAUCGCGAUAUACGAGUCAAUUACGUGCGAACGCGUCGAGAUCGCGCAACUCUGCUGCUUUUUUUUAUAAGGAACGAAUGGAUGCAAACGAUUGUCGAAAGAAUCGAGACGAAACGUUGGCGAUCUCGCGCGAUCUUUAUCGCUAACCGUCCGACGUAACGUUCGGUCGUGAAUAUUUCAGAUAGAUUAGAAUUACUUGUUCGUUAAGGAUACUUUUAAAACAUAUCACGAUUCGCGAAUGGUAUCGUGAGCUUCGUUCAGCGCAAUCGUUCGCUCGAGACUAGCAAAUUCGAGUGUGUUCGUGCUACGGCGAGACGUUAAACGAGUUUGUGAAGUUUCUGUUCCUUCUUUCGCAAGGCCUGCUGUGCUAACAGAUGCUUGGCGAGUGUCGCGAUGAAAAAGGAGCGGAUCGUUCUGUUUUCGACCUCGUUUUCGUUCCAGUUUCAUUCUCACGCGAGACGAGAAUAACACGGACAAUAACGAUACUCGAAAGACGGACGCCGGUGAGUCGAACGGUUGCGGCGAAACGAAUCCGAACGAAACCGUGGCGAGGGGAAACCUUUUUCUUAAACUAUCGUCGAAAGUUCUCAUUUACGUGAAGGCGAACGUAAUCGCGCGACGUAUACGCGAUCUUUCAGUGCCUUGUAAAUAUCUACCGCGUGAGUUACAUGGUAUGUCGUGAAAAAAUUGGCACACAGAUGUACGAUAAUCUUGCGAGGAGAAAAAAAGAAAAAAGAAACAAAUAGAACGCUAACACACGCCUAAUAAAUGUCUUAGCGAAUUCGAAUUCGCGUAUGCGCGAUGAUUCUCGCGCGAAAAUACGAGAACAAAAAAAAAAAAAGCGAGAAUGAUAGAAUAUGCGAGCGAGAAAUGCAGAUUCUCAGGACUGAAUAUUUUAUAUUAAGUAUUACCUAUAUCGAUACUACACGUAGUUUACGUUUCAAAUAAACGUUU